UACAGCAACAAACAUGCCUGACGCACCGAAAGCUGCCAAGAAAGGCUCCAAGAAGGCCGUCUCUAAGGCCACCAAGAGCGGCAGGAAGAGGAGGGCAAGGAGAAAGGAGAGCUACGCCAUCUACGUCUACAAGGUCCUCAAGCAGGUCCACCCUGACACCGGGAUUUCCUCCAAGGCCAUGGGCAUCAUGAACUCCUUCGUCAGUGAUAUUUUUGAGCGCAUUGCCGGAGAGGCCUCCCGUCUGGCUCACUACAACAAGCGCUCCACCAUCACCUCCAGGGAGAUCCAGACCGCCGUCCGCCUGCUGCUGCCCGGAGAGCUGGCUAAGCACGCCGUGUCAGAGGGAACCAAGGCCGUCACCAAGUACACCAGCUCGAAGUAAAGCUGCUCAACCUUAAACAACACAAAGGUCCUUUUAAGGACCACACAAAUGCACCUUUAAGAGUUUAUAGUGCCAUGAAAGUGAUACUGGGAAUGGUUGUGUUUAUUCAUUAUGAUCGGUGAGCUACACUAUUUUGUGAGGAAACCCAUGAAGUAGUUUGAAUGUGCAACGUCUCCAGAGCCUUCACUGAGAAUACUACGGUUGUGUUUUUCAUACGCAAGAACGUCAUUUUUACCAUUAGUAAAAGUUUAAUGCAGUUGUACUGGGGUGGUUACUUAAUAUUACUCCGUUGGUACAUGGAUGCGAUUUAAUUCAAAGAACACGUUGGUAUGACAACUCAUCUGUCACAUAACCUUUGUUGGACUUUCAAAUAAUAAAAAAAUGUUGUACUUCUGAAUAAUAAUAAAGAUUAAAUAAUCU